CCAUUCUGUUCUACCUGUUCUCUCGUCCUGUCUGUUAUUUUAUUCUCCGGCGUCAAAACCAAUCCAUUUUCACCCAAACAAAUCGAAUUCGAUCACCAAUUGUCCGAUCGUCUCGAUGGGACCGACGACCGACGAGGAGGAGCCGGAAACCGGGGGCGGCCUCGGCGGGAACGCGGCCGUGGAAACCGUGUCGAGGGCGGUGGCGGAGGUAGCGGGGCUGCCGGAGAGCCGGGGGCCGUUGAGGAGGCUCUGCUGCGAUCUCGCCAGGCGGGUGAAGCUCCUCAGCCCGCUCUUCGACGAGCUGAGGGACGGCGGUGGCGGCUCCCUUGGAGAAUUCCAGGCCCAAGCCCUCGCCUCGCUCCACGGCGCCUUGGUGGACGCCAAGGAGCUCCUCGUCUCCGUCAACGAUGGGAGCAAGCUCUAUCAGGCUCUACAAAGGGAAAAAUUUGUACAUCAAUUUCUAGAGGUGACCGAACAUAUUGAGAAGGCUCUAAGUGAAGUAUCCUAUGACAAGCUUGACAUAUCUGAAGAAGUUAAAGAGCAGAUUGAACUUGUGCAUGCCCAGCUUCGAAGAGCAAAAGGAAAAAUUGACUCGCCCGAUCUACAACUUCUCAGCGACUUGAAUUGGGCACUUGCUGAAAAGCACUGUGACCCUAUUAUCCUUAGAAGAAUUUCAGGGAAGUUGCAACUCAGCACGAUAAAUGAGAUGAAGAAGGAAUCGGUUGCUUUACAUGAAAUGGUAAUUUCUAGUGGUGGAGAGCCUGAGGAAUGCGUGGACGAAAUGUCAUCCUUGCUGAAGAAGCUUAAAGAUUGUGUAGUCGUGGAAAAUCCAACUUCUGAUACUGUCAAAAAUAAUACAAGCUCUGUGAAUCACAGAUCUCCUAUCAUUCCAGAUGAUUUUCGGUGCCCAAUUUCCCUCGAGCUGAUGAAGGACCCUGUCAUUGUCUCCACAGGGCAGACCUAUGAGAGGUCUUGCAUCCAGAAAUGGCUUGAUGCUGGACACAGAACUUGCCCCAAGACACAGCAAAACCUGUCUAACACUGCUCUUACCCCUAAUUUUGUCCUGAGAAGCCUCAUUGCGCAAUGGUGUGAUGCCAACGGCAUUGAUCUGCCAAACAAGCAAGGGAAUUGCCGAGACAAGAAGCCGGGACGUCACUCGGAUUGCGAUCGUGCUGGUAUAAACUCACUACUGCAGAAAUUAAAAAGUGGGAAUCAGGACGAGCAGAGGGCAGCUGCAGGCGAACUGCGGCUGCUUGCAAAAAGAAAUGCAAACAAUAGAGUAUGCAUUGCUGAAGCAGGUGCAAUUCCAUUCCUUGUGGAACUCCUAUCGUCUUCGGAUCCUAGAACACAGGAGCAUGCAGUUACAGCACUCCUCAACCUCUCAAUCAAUGAUAGCAACAAGGACAAUAUUGUGAAUGCCCAUGCAAUACCGAGGAUAGUAGGUGUGCUGCAAAAUGGGAGCAUGGAGGCAAAGGAAAAUGCUGCAGCUACCCUUUUCAGUUUAUCAGUUGUAGAUGAAAACAAGGUGAUAAUUGGGGCAGCUGGCGCAAUACCUGCACUUGUUGAUCUGCUACGCCGAGGUAGCCCAAGAGGCAAGAAAGAUGCGGCAACUGCAAUCUUUAAUUUGUGUAUCUACCAGGGUAACAAGGUGAAGGCUGUGAAAGCUGGGAUUGUGGAACACCUGAUGAGGCUAUUAGUAGAUCCCGGCGGAGGUAUGGUGGAUGAGGCACUUGCAAUAGUGGCAAUACUUGCAGGCCAUCCAGAUGGCAAGCUGGCAAUUGCACAGUCAAACCCCAUUCCUGUCUUGGUGGAGAUGGUGAAAUCUGGAUCUUCUCGAAACCGUGAGAAUGCUGCUGCAGUGUUAUGGUCGCUAUGUACUGGUGAUGCACAGCAACUGAGAGCUGCAAGGGAAUCAGGUGCGGAAGAGGCAUUGAAGGAGCUCACUGGGACAGGAACCAGUCGUGCCAAAAGGAAAGCUGGAAGCCUUCUAGAGCUCAUGCGCCAGAAUAUGGAGGCUUAAAGUGGUGGUUCAACCUACAUGCAAAAGCUAUUGUUGGUGUUUUUCUCAAGACAUUGAAGAGCAAGGCUAAUUCCACACAUUACAUGUACUUAAUGAUCUGGAAAACGUCGUAUAAGGAUGUAGCUUGCCUCUCCGUCUUGGCGCUUGUAGAAAAGCAACAAAGCAGCAGUAAUCAACUCCUGAUUUAUUGUUAUAAGUUGUUGAGGCGGCAUGCAAAAAGUUACUGUUUGGUUGAUACAGUGUCAAAUCUUACCGUAAUAAUAUGCUUGGAACCAUAAUAUGAAUGUACAAUUCUAAACCCUGUACAGAAAACAUCAAGUUACAUCAGGGAAGAACCUCAGACUGAUCAACCAGUGUGAUGAAAUUUGUAAAUUGUAUUAUUUCGGUAACAGAAAAGCAUCCAAGACAAACUUGUUAUU